AGGCCCGCGGGGAGGGGACGGGAGGAGCCAAGGGGCCUAGAGGGCUCCGCGAAAACCGGGAGGCUGGCGGCGGGCGGGAGAGGCGGCGGGCUCCGAGUGGUCCGAGAAGUCCCAUUCUCUGAACUGCCCCAGGAGACCGCCUAGCGGGCGGACAAACGGACGGGCGGGAGGGCCAGCAUGCCCCCUCUGUUGCACCCCGCCCUGCCGCUGAUCCUGGCCGCCACGCUGACCUUCCGGGCGCUGCGGCGCGCGCUCUGUCGCCUGCCUCUGCCCGCGCACGUGCAAGCCGACCCCCUGCGCACCUGGCGCUGGCAUAACCUGCUCGUCUCCUUCGCCCAUUCCAUUGUGUCAGGGAUCUGGGCGCUGCUGUGUAUAUGGCAGACCCCCGAAAUGUUGGUGGAGAUUGAAGCUGCGUGGUCGCUUUCCGGCUAUUUGCUCGUUUGCUUCUCCGCAGGCUACUUCAUUCACGACACAGUGGACAUCGUGGUUAGUCACCAGACGCGAGCUUCUUGGGAAUACCUGGUCCAUCAUGUCAUGGCCAUGGGUGCCUUCUUUGCAGGCAUCUUUUGGAGCCGCUUUGUUGGUGGUGGUGUCUUAACACUGCUGGUGGAGGUCAGCAACAUCUUCCUCACCAUCCGCAUGAUGAUGAAGAUCAACAAUGCCCAGGAUCACCUCCUUUAUCGAGUCAACAAGUAUGUCAACUUGGUCAUGUACUUUCUCUUCCGCCUGGCUCCUCAGGCCUACCUUACCCAUUUCUUCCUGCGUUAUAUUGGCCAGAGGACACUGGGUACCUUUCUGCUGGGUAUCCUGCUAAUGCUGGAUGUCAUGAUCCUCAUCUACUUUUCCCGCCUCCUCCGCUCUGACUUCUGCCCUCAACUUGUCCCCAAACGGCAACACAAAGACAAGUUCUUAACUGAAUGAGAGGCACAGAAACUGGGACUGGACUUGUGGCAAGGACAGCAGUAAACCAAGCUUGGGACCUGCCUUCUACCUUUCAAGCCUGCACCCAUUAUUGAAAACACUAAUUAAUGAAAGAACGCCUCUGAAGUCCUUGUCCUUUCUUGGGCAAGGGUGAGGGAAGCAGACAGACCGGUUGUAUAGAAGGGUGUGGGGACCAGGUCUACUUAAAACCACCCAACCCACACAACCCUGAAAAGGAUGCUAAUGAAAACUUGGUAUUGGUGCCAUGGGAUGCACACUUUGCUUCCAGGAAGUGAGUGUUCCCCCAAAGCCAGUGGGGGGAGCAACUUGAGUAUUGCCUGGGAUAAAGGUCCUAACAGCUUAGCACAGCAGAUAGGGCAUUUGCUUUGACCCAGGUUCAAUCCCUAACACCCCAAAAGGGUAUCUGGUAAAGUACAAAGCACUGCCAGGUGUCCCCACCCUGCCUCCCCAACAAAAGAACAAGCUCCUACCCUCAUGAAUUUAACAUGUAGGCUGAGGAUGGACUGAAAUAUUCUAAGUGAGAACCAAAGAUCCUGCCUUAACUGUUUCUUAAGUGUAUAUCACGACGGGCUCUCUCCAACCCAACCAGAAAUUCACACCAAGAAGCAUAUAUAUGGUGGAAAAGAAAUUGUAUUUAGGAUUAGCCAGCUGGACUGUUUAGAUGAUCCCAAUCUGAAAAACAAAAAGGAGCUUUGUUACUGGGAGCUGAGAAAGAUGUGAAGAUUAAGUUGGAAUGUCAUGAGAAUGAGGACAUGGUAAAACAAGGCAGGUGGAUAGUUAAAACUGAUCAGCAAGUAUCAGACUUUGAUCAUUCAAAGUGGGUAAGAUGGUGGGCAAUGAGUUUGUAUCAGGAAGCUUACUUUGUUGGCAACAUCCAAGGCGUCAUAAUCAGGAGCCAGCCGAACAUACGCCUUUUUCUCUCCAUCAGGCCUGGGUGGAGAAGAAAACCUUGGUCUAUACUAGCCCUUCUGUCCCCGUAGUCCUCCAUGAUUAACCUUGUCUCCAGCGCAUCAGUGGUUCCUUUGUUGAUGUCAUUCUUUUCCAAAUAGCUAUUUUUCCAUCACUUGCGCAGAGAAUAGGAGGGAAGCCACACAGCCAUUUAUUUCUAGGGCAUGGGAUGGAACCCAGGGCCUCUUUAGGCAAAGCAUAGGCUCCAGCCCAAUGUGAGUUAUUUAGUAGGAAAUAACUUCUAGGAACUUAAUAUUUGGUUAAUUUUAUGUAAUUUUACUCCUGGAAAUAGGGAAACCAAGAAAAAUGAGCACCAAUUUGUCCUUUUCACCA